GCUAUGGUGUAUGUACCAUCGCAGGGGGUCCAUCUCCACCGUCGCCUGGUGUGGCCGCGCGACAUCGCUGUGUGGGCGCUGACCGUAUGCCCCCUUUGGUCGCGGCCUUUAAAUGCUGCCUGGCAGCGCAUUCUUUCCCCGCAUUCUUUCUUCGCGAUUUUGCCUCUCUGCUGCGUGCACCCUCGUUCUCGAUCGGGCGCUCUCACUCUCCCCUUCGAUUGAGUCGCGAGUUGGGUCGUUUCAAACUACACAAAUCCGCAGUCAUUGUGGAUUCCGCGUCUCUGCUGCUUGCUUCUGGUAACUCCGAAGAUCUUAUUCUCUCCACUUUCUAUCAAUUGUCUCACUCGCGCGCUCAUGUAUCAAAUUAAGGUGGACAUGACACGAGCUCCUGUGGAAGCGCUAUCGGUUUCCAGCACUGUCAGGACGAGCUUUCUCACUGAUUUCAACCCCUCGCCUUGCCCAGCCGAGACGCUCACGGCAGAAUGGUGGAAAGUCUUAGAAGGAGCAGAUCUUAUGGAAUUCAGCUCCAACGAGAAGCAAAAGAGUGUCUCCGCUAGGUGGGCGCAGCUAAAGAAGAAAGUCGGCAAGAUUACGCGAGGUCGUUCCGAGGACGAUGACAAUGCAACCAACCUUGCAAUCCAACACUGGCUCGAAGCUAUCGAUGCAACACAUCGUUACGGCCACAACUUGCACGUUUAUUUCAAGUUCUGGGAGAAGAGUGACACAAAGGAGCCAUUCUUUUACUGGCUGGAUUACGGAGAAGGGAGAGACGUGGAUCUGCCGGACAAAUGUCGCAGGUCCAAACUCAUGGAGGAGAAAAUUAUCUAUCUAGGACCUAAGGAGCGAAAGCCAUACGAAGUUGUGUUCGUCGACGGGAAGUUUUGCUACAGGCAGACCAAGAAAAACUUGGAUGGCGACCAGAUGAUCUUCGUCUUGAGCACAAAAAGGAAGCUGUAUGUGGGAAAGAAGGAGAAAGGUAGAUUUCAGCACUCCAGUUUUCUAGCGGGAGGCCCUGCAUUAGCUGCUGGUCGUUUGACUGUGAAGGAUGGGGAUUUGAAGUGUCUUGAAGCACACAGCGGUCAUUACCGGCCGAGCGAGAUGAAUUUUAAAAACUUUGUCGACUUGUUGUCCUCCACUGGUGUGGACGUCACUACAAUGAUCCUCGCCGGUUCUCACGACGAAUCCAAAGGUCGACAGAGAUCUCUCAAGCGGCGGCAGAGCAGCCACGGGCAUGAAAUGCAAGACGCCCAGGAACAAUAUCAGGCACUCGUUCUGAAUGCCGACGCUGACAACGAGACUUCCGCUACAUUUUUUGAUCCCACAAUCUACACUCCUUUCGUGUAGAGGCAAGCUGGAGGAAGGCAACAAAGUGGAGCAAGCAAGCAAGCAUGCACCAGAGAUGACUCUACGCUCGUCUUCCUCGCGCUGUACAGAUUGUCCGAGAAGAAAGAAAAAGAAACAAGCGGACAAAGUCUCGCGAGAAAUGUACAAAAUGACUCAUUUUGUGAGAGAUUCUUUUGCAAAUUCUCAUCUAAUCCAACUCGAAGGAAAACAAAGUUUUGGA